GUACUUCGUGAAACAUCUACAAGUGAAGAACUUUAGAUCAUUGUUAAUUUUACUUUUUUUUCUAUUAUACAUUAACAUUUCUAUUAUAUUAAAAAAAAAACUAUCAAUUAAUAUGGCAACCGAUAAGUCGCGUAUUUUGUAUCUCUUCGAUCGACCUUCCGAGCCGGUUUACGUGCCCAAAGGAGACAAAAAAGUCGCUUUUGAUAUACCACCUGAUUACUUGCCUGACAAGUAUCGUCCCGUUGCAACCGAAGUAUUCAACCGCUUCGGCGAGGAUGCAGAUUCAAAACUCCAAGUGAAGCAAAUCACUCUUCCAGAUCUUAGCGGACCUAUGCAGCUGGGACGUCGAGAACCAUUUUCGCUAUUCAUUCCUGCGCAUCGAAAAAUUGCUGCUCAACUUAUAGACAUUUUCAUGGGAAUGAGGACAUACGAGGACUUCUUAUCCGUUGCUGUUUACUGCCGUGAUCGUUUGAAUCCAAAUAUGUUCAUUUACGCACUUUCUGUAGCAAUAUUGCAUCGUCCUGAUACAAAGGAUCUACCGGUACCACCGUUGACCGAGAUAUUUCCAGAUAAAUACCUCGAUGGUGCUAUUUUUUCGAGGGCUAGGGAGGAAGCCAAUGUUGUUCCCGCUGGUUCAAGGAUACCAAUCGACAUCCCAAGAGAUUACACCGCAUCGGAUCUCGAUAUGGAACAUCGUGUCGCGUACUGGAGGGAAGACAUUGGGAUCAAUCUCCAUCACUGGCACUGGCACUUGGUCUACCCAUUCGAAGGACAGAGAGUAAUUGUAAACAAAGAUCGACGUGGAGAGCUAUUUUAUUACAUGCAUGAGCAAAUUAUGGCUAGAUACAACUGUGAACGUUUGUGCAAUCGACUGGGACGUGUAAAGCGCUUCGUCGAUUGGCGCGAGCCAAUCCCUGAGGGUUACUUCCCAAAAUUAGAUUCCAUGGUUGCUGGACGUACAUGGCCAGCUCGUCCAAGUGGCGCUGUUCUCAAGGAUAUCGAUCGACCAGUGGAUCAAUUGGAUUUCGACAUUCAGGAUUUGGAAAGAUGGAGGGAUCGUAUUUAUGAAACGAUUCAUACAGGAUCUGUAAUCAACACGAGAGGGGAAAGGAUACCGUUAACAGAAAAAGAUGGAAUCGACAUACUAGGAAAUAUAAUGGAGGCCAGCAUCCUGUCUCCUAAUCCAAACGUUUACGGCGACCUUCAUAACUUGGGUCACGUUGCUAUUUCUUAUUGUCACGAUCCAGAUCAUCGUUACUUGGAGAGGUUUGGUAUCAUGGGUGAUUCUGCGACUGCUAUGAGAGAUCCAAUAUUCUAUAGAUGGCAUGCUUUUGUUGACGAUGUUUUCCAAGAAUAUAAAAAUACUCUGCCUGACUACAGCGUGCAACAGUUGGACUUUCCGGGCAUUGAAAUAGGGGAUGUCAGAUUGACAACAAAUCAACAGCGCAACGUAUUGAACACUUUCUGGACCCAGAGCGUCGUCGAUCUGUCUCGUGGACUUGAUUUCACGCCACGUGGCCCAGUGCUUGCUAGAUUCACUCAUUUGAACCAUGCCGACUUUACGUAUACAAUUGUUGUCAACAAUCGCAACAGUGCGGUACGAAGAGGCACUGUCCGUAUUUUCAUUGCUCCUAGGGAAGACGAGCGUGGACUUCCUUUUAUGUUUAAACAACAAAAGAAUUUGAUGAUCGAAAUGGAUAAAUUCACCGUGUCGCUUCGUCCAGGACAAAAUACAAUUGAACGCAAGUCAACGGAAUCCUCUGUAACUAUACCAUUCGAGAGAACCUUCCGGAAUUUAGACGACAGUAGACCGAUUAGUGGUGAUUCUCUGGAACAAUUCAAUUUCUGUGGAUGUGGUUGGCCGCAUCAUAUGUUAGUACCUAAAGGAAACAAAGAAGGCUACCCGAUGGAUCUUUUUGUUAUGGUCUCUGAUUACAAUAGCGACGCUGUUCAACAAGACGAGUCAUCCUCUUGUAAGGAUGCCGUGAGCUACUGCGGGUUGAGAGAUAAAAAAUACCCAGAUGCUCGAUCCAUGGGAUUCCCUUUCGACCGUCAACCCCGUGCAGGUGUUGAAACUCUGGCACAGUUUCUCACUGGAAAUAUGGCAGUCACGGAAAUCAGCGUCAGAUUUACGGAUAACGUUGUGCCUAGAUCUAGAUCUGGAAGCAUGGGAAAUACGUUAGUAUUUUCUUAAAUUGUGCUCGUGGAUUACACAUAUUCAUCAUCUUAUGUUACGUAUUUAUCAAGGAAUUUUAUCAGGGCCCUUUUAUGCAACGAUAACAUUUAGCUUUCUUAAAAUUUCAAUUAUUAUAGAUUAAGAAAGGAGAUGGAGUCGUGACAGUUAAAUGAUGUAAAAGAAAAUAGAUUAUAUAUAUAUAUGCAAUAAAAGAAAAAUAAAAAAUAUUUGGUGGGAACUAUUGUCACUAUUAACUUGAGCGUUUUACCACCGAUGGCGCCACUAAAUGAUUCUAAGGAACCAGUGGCGCCAUCUUACAGAAAUGGUGGGAACUAUUAUUGUCACUAUAAACUUGAGCGUUUUACCACCGAUGGCGCCACUAAAUGAUUCUAAGGAACCAGUGGCGCCAUCUUACAGAAAUGGUAGGAACUAUUAUUGUCACUAUAAACUUGAGCGUUUUACCACCGAUGGCGCCACUAAAUGAUUCUAAGGAACCAGUGGCGCCAUCUUACAGAAAUGGUGGGAACUAUUGUCACUAUAAACUUGAGCGUUUUGCCACCGAUGGCGCCACUGCUGUUACUAAAACCCGCUCACUGAGCGGCUUAGUGAGCGGUGACCUUUCUGGAUCAAGCUCUUGUGGAAGGAUAAAAAAAAAUGUACAGCCUGUAACUUACAGGUGCCAACAACGCCAGAGAGAAAUGGCUGGAGUCUUACGAAAGGAGGAAGUUAGAAGAGAGUGGUGCGUAGGAAAGACAAGGAUAAAGCAAUUUGUGACGUCACGCUUGGUUGAACGCGUGAGCCUUCCCUGGCGAGUGGCAACCCUGUUCACCACACUUUGCUGGUGUUGCUUCUAAUUCCCUUCUAAUGCGCACUGUUUUUUCCGUCAGAAGAAUAUCUAAUACGAGCUUAAUAAAACUGGCGUCCUUAGUCAUCCUAAAGAAUGAUAUAAUACAAGUACAAAUGAAUUGAAACCACGCAUGGUUUCCUAUAGCUACAGUACCAUACAUACAGUACUGCGCGCUCAGCUUUCUCCACUGCGCAUGCGAGAGCUGGAAGCAACACUAGUAGUGGUAUCACAAAUCUGUUUCCAAGGGAACCGAAUAAACAAAAAAACUUCUUUGUUACUUCCCAUUAAUAAUAUUCCCCGAAAACAAUUAUAAAUAAAGAGACGACAUGGUUAAUUUCUUUGGAAACGAAGGUCGUAUUUCGUGGCAAGAUAAUUAUGCGUAAAUAAAGCAUCUUUGUAUCGCUUACAGUA